ACUUUUUAGGCAGUUUUAUAUGUUUUAAGUAGUAACAGUUAGUAUAUUGAAAUUAAUGUAAUGUUUACAUGAACCGACAAACAUAUUCAAUACUUAAUUUAUAAAUCUUGAUUCCCACAUCAACAAAGAUAUUGGUACAAUUAAGGUCAUGGGAAGUAUUGAAAAGGCUUGUAUUUCCGGAUUUCUUUGCCGCCUUUGCUCAGAAAUGCAUAGAACAGUUAUUCACAUAUAUGGAGACCACGGCCAGCGUUUAUGUCUUGUCGAAAAAAUCAAUGGCUACUUGCCAAUUACUAUAUCUCCAACUGAUCCAUUACCAAAAACCAUAUGUAAAACUUGUUUAUAUCGAGUUGAACAGCAUUAUACCCUAUUAAUGAGACUCACACGUAUGCGAGAAGAACGCAAACUCAAAUUACUAGGCUGUAAAUCACAAAGGGAAGCGGAAAACUUUUCAAUAUCUAGUGUCGAAUGUUCCGAUGAUGACGAAGCAGCAUCUACAGGAACUAAUAACACACCUGGCUCAGCUAGAAAUCCCAGCCCCAAUAAGUCUACAACUUCAAUUCGGAGUAACAGAAACAGUACUAAUUUAGAAAACGCAGGGACAAGCAGUAGUCAAUCAAAUGUGACUACUGCCCCGAUUACUUCAGAACAUGACCCACAAGAAAUUUAUCCAACAACGACUUAGAAGACUACUUUUUAUUUAUCUUUGUUUAACCUAAUCAAGCACCAUUUUCAUAU